CGGCUAUAUUGUCGUGGAGGAAAUUUGAACAUCUCCAAAGUGCAUUUGAUGAUCUUAUAAAGCAUAUUUAGCAUCAAGUUCUCCAGGCAGUUUAUCCUCUUUACCUAAAAUCCCCGCGGGGUCUAGAGGCAUGGCGGCCCAAGAGGCUAAUAUCCCCAAGCCAAUGGAGCUAGGCAAACAGAUCAGUGCUGCUCUCAUGAAGCAAACCACUUCGUCACUGUCAACACCUACCGCAGAGUCAAAUGCUGCUACUGCAUUAGCAAGUCUCAGUUCAUCUUCAACUAUAACAAGCACAUCAAGUGGUUCCUCUACAACCUCAACAAAGCCUACUCCUCAAGCAAACAUAACCAAGUCUGCAGCUAAUCAAAUCUCAUUGGCUUCCUCACCUGGAUUAAUGACUAAUUCAACCAUAAAACCAGGAAUGCCAAUAUUAUUCCCGAUUAAACCAAAUGUUCCUUUAAUCUUACCAAAAGCUGCACCAAAUAUGACAUAUCAGAUCAUUAAAACUUUACCAAAUCCUGCCACCACUAUUGUAGUGCCUCGCACUAUAUUACCAAAGUCUCGUGAUCCUAAGGUGGAUAUAAGAAUGGUCACUCAAGCAUCUGUGUCGGAUAUUAUCAGGGAUCAUACCUUUACAACCAAGGUGAAAUCUAAACCAAUAGUUAAGCAAGAACCUGUGGAUAAUAGUGGGGAGACUACCCAGACAUCACCAACCAAAGCUACUCCAAGUGAUGUACCAAAACCCCCCAAAGGACUUACAGAAUUAGGCAAACAGAUUAGCCAAGCUAUAGCCAAGCAAGGUAUAAAAUUGCCCUCUAGUACAGGAUCCCAGGCAGCCCAGGUGUCUCCACCAGAUGGCUCUGUAAAAACUGAGCCCACAGAAAACUCCAGCGUCAAAAAGCCUCCAACAGUUAAGCAAUUGCUUGAUAAUAACACAUCAAAGAUCAUCAUUCUAGAACCUAAUAAAGCCCCUACAACUAUAACCUUCACGAAUAUCACACUGCCUAAGCGUGCAAAGAUGGUUAAGUUUUUCCAGAAGGGAAUCAAUGAUCUCAACCCAGAGCAGUCUAAACCAGUGGGGGAUUCAAAAAUCAUAAUCUUACAGCCAAAUAAGGAUGCCACAACUCUAACUCUGUCCGAUUGUGUAAUACCAAGUAAGCGAGAGAUACUUGACUUCUUUGGAAAUGAAGUGGGAAGUGGAGGAAGGAAACGAGGGAGAAAAAGAGGAAUAACCCACAAGCUCUGGCCCACUAAGAGUCCCACUAAGAACCAGGAUACAGUACCCGAGAAGAAGGCAAAGCCAGGGGAAGAACUGGUUGUGUUUCAGUCUAAGGAGAAGGAUAAAUUGUCCUUAGAAAUUGAGAAGUACAUUAGACCAUGCUUCCAAUGCACUUUAUGUCCCCUGUCUGCACCUGGCAGUGUUAGUACUUCAGUAGAGAAGAUCAAGGAACACAUAAUAGACUCCCAUACAGAAAUAUUUGGGGCAGCUAAGGAAAAAUUAAUGAAGGACUCUAAGUUUGAUGAGAGAACAUUCUGGGCAUCAUUCACAGCAAAACGUAUGAAAUAUCUGAGGAAGAAAAAUCAACGAAACGUUCGAAAACAAAAAAAGAGGAAACCAAGCAGUAAUUUGAUUGUACCCACAGUAACAUCUAAAGCCAUUACUCCAAUUGCCAAAAGUUUAGCUCCGAAUCAAAAGCUGAAACCAACUAUAUUCUUUGUACCUAAAAGUGCAACUGAUAAGUCCCCAGCUGAUACCUUAAAGAAUCUUGCUGACAUAAGCACUAAGGCUUUAAGUAAGGGAAAUGCUUCCUUGGAGGAAAUCACCCAGGAACUGUACUCGGAUCCAGAGCUUGGAAAUGCAAUUAAAGGCUUGUUGGACACUAAACCCCCCUCUGAUUAUGAUGAUAACUAUGAUGAAGAUGACGACUCUGCAAUGGAGGAUGAUGAUGAGGAGGAACAUGACGAUGAAUUCACUGAGUACAAACCGAAAAAGAAAGGAAGUGAGUUUAAGAUAACAUGUUGCGGGAUGACUUUUGAUGCUGGUAGUAAAGGAGAACAUGAUCGAAUUCACCAUCGUUUCAAAUCGAAGAUAAAGUGUACACAAUGUAGCGAUGCCUACUUUGAUAGCUUACAGUCUCUGCGUCCACAUUUAUGGAGCCAUCAUAAUGUGAAAUGCCAAGACUUGGAUGCUUUAAAAACAUUCACAGGGACUAUGUAUGUGUACAUCUGUUCAACAUGCAAUUAUGCAGCCAAAACCAGAUUGGAGGUGAAUGAACAUGUGCGGAAUGAACAUGAAGAGUCAUUAUGUGAUAUAUGUGGUGUGAGUUGUAAAACCAAAACAGCAAUGUACAAUCAUAAAAAGACUCAUGAGGAAGCGAGAGAAGAAAACUUUUGCAGGGAAUGUAACAAGCAGUUGUCAUCAAAGAAAGCCUUUAAGGCACAUAAUGAUCGAGUUCAUUUGAAAAUGAGGCCACAUAAAUGUAAGGAGUGUGGGGAGUUCUUCUAUGCUCCUCGACUGCUUGUUGUCCAUAUGCGUAGUCACACUGGGGAGCGGCCAUUUAAGUGUGGUCUUUGCGGGAAAGGUUUCACGGCUAAAACAUAUGCUGUGGCACAUCACAAGCGUUGUGUAGAAAAUAAUGUCAAAAAUAAUCAAGGUCCACAAAAUGCACGUAACCAAGAUGUAUAUUACGAGAAGGUGGGUGGUGGUAAUAAAAAUAAUCAUCACAUGAAUCCCAUCCCUCAGCAGACUAUAAAUCAACCACAAAUGGCACGAAUGCCUGAGCCUCCUACGCAAAUUACCCGUACCCCUGACCCCCCACCCCCUCAACCUAUGCCUAUCCCCCGCAGUACAGACGUGUACUACGAGUCAGGGUAUGGUUAUUCUGGCCCUGCUAAUCAACCUGUAUAUGAACCUCGUUACACAAAUACACAGACCUACCAUCCCCCUAUUCAUCCCCACCACCAACAUCCCGGUAAGGGUAAGAAAUAUCUUAACAUUUAGUUUUGGCAUCAGGAUUGUCAUAUAGAAAAACAAGUGAUGACAUUCUGUUAAAAAAUGGCUAAGGGUAGGAAUGGUGUCCAAAUGUCGUCUACCUGAUGAUAUUUCACUUCACAGAUAAACCAUCGAGGGUGAAUAGGAUAGAGAUUUAGCUAAAGUGAGUUUAUCAUGGAAGGGUUGAAUUAUUUUAGGGUAAUACAACUGCAAACCAGGUUGUAGUCUCAUAGAUUAUCAAACCAGUGCUUGAUAAUCUCAAAGAUUUGAUGUGCUGCCAGUAUGUCAUAACAUAUAUUAUUUGUGUAAUGUCAAUUUAAAGGGGGAAUCAGAUCUAGUGAGCAGCC